AUGGACAGGAUAAGCAGUUUACCAGAUGGUGUGAUCAUCCACAUUUUGUCUUUCUUACCGUUGGAGAAGUCUGCUCAAACUUCGGUUCUCGCAAAGAGAUGGCGCAUCCUCUUUGCCUUCUCCCCAAAUCUUGAUUUGUUACUGUACCAAAAUGAUAUGCGGCGGCCAAGAUUCUUGAAAUUUGUAGAAAGAGUCUUGUAUGUCUCAGGAAACUCCUCCAUAAAGAAAUUCUCCCUGAGCUGUAGGAAGGGUUAUCGCACCAAGCUUUGGUUACGUGAUGUGCUGCAUCGUGGUGGUCUCUUGGAUCUUGAUCUCCGUCUAGGCAUAGCUGAUGCUGGUCUUCCUUGUGAGAUUUUCACUUGCAAGACACUUGUGGAGCUGAAACUAACUGAGUUUUGUAUUAAGGAGCUUCCUGAGGAUGCUUCUCUCCCUGCUCUUAAGAAGCUUUUCCUGAAAUCAGUUGAGUUGGAAAGCUUCUUUCAGCUUGCCCCGUUCUGGAGGAGUUGGUCUUUGAUGAUUUGA